GAGAGAGAUGGGGGGCAGUGGUUAGUUGGCAUUGGGCAAAAACAAAUCAGGGCAGAAGAAGCCUGAUGAAAAGCAGCGCAGAGGACAAACGAAGACAUCUGAGUUUUUCUGUUGUCUCAGGAUGACUGUCACUUAUUCCAGUAAAGUCGCCAACGCCACCUUCCUCAGUUUCCACCGGCUGCUGCUGCGCUGGAGGGGAAGCAUCUACAAGCUGCUGUACCGAGAGUUUGCACUGUUCGUCCUGCUCUACACCGUCCUGAGCAUCGUGUACAGGCUCGUCCUCUCUGAACAUCAGAAGAGACUGUUUGAGAAACUUUCCAUGUACUGUGACAAAUACGCAGAGCAGAUCCCCGUCACCUUCGUCCUGGGGUUUUAUGUGACUCUGGUGGUGAAUCGAUGGUGGAAUCAGUUUGUUAACCUGCCCUGGCCUGACAGACUCAUGUUCCACAUCUCCAGCUGUGUUCAGGGUAAAGAUGAAUAUGGCCGCCUGCUGCGCAGGACGUUGGUGCGUUACGUCAACCUGACGUCGCUCCUCAUCUUCCGCUCCGUCAGCACCGCCGUCUGCAAGCGAUUCCCGACCAUGGACCACGUGGUGGAGGCAGGUUUUAUGACUCCAGACGAGAGGAAGGUGUUUGACAACAUCCGCUCCCCUCACCUGAAGUACUGGAUCCCUGUGGUCUGGUUCUCCAACCUGGCGUCUAAAGCUCGGCAGGAAGGACGCAUCCAGGACAGCAUCGACCUGCAGAAUAUUCUCAAUGAGAUGAACGUGUUCAGGACUUGGUGUGCGACUCUGUUUGGCUACGACUGGGUCGGCAUCCCGCUGGUCUACACGCAGGUCGUCACUCUUGCCGUCUACACCUUUUUCUUCGCUUGUCUGAUUGGUCGUCAGUUUCUCGACCCCUCCCAGGGUUACCCAGGUCACGACCUCGACCUUUACGUCCCCGUCUUCACCCUGCUGCAGUUCUUCUUCUACUCCGGCUGGCUGAAGGUCGCAGAGCAGCUGAUCAACCCGUUUGGAGAGGACGAUGACGACUUUGAAGCCAACUGGAUCAUCGACAGGAACCUUCAGGUGUCUCUGCUGGCUGUGGAUGAGAUGCACAUGAACCUGCCUCAUAUGACCAAAGACAUGUACUGGAACGACUGCGACGCUCGCCCGCCGUACACACUGGCUGCUGCAGACUACUGCAUCCCCUCAUUCCUGGGCUCCACCACCGACAUGGGACUCUCUGACAUUCUCCAGUUUGAUGAGGUUGACAUUAGCGACAGUCGCCCACGGCAGCAAGACUCUGUUCUGACUCGGCGCCAAGAAUCGGUUCUUGGUCGAGUCCGCCGGCUGCUUAGCGUUCAGGAGCCUCCUGACCUCCGACCUCCUCGACCCAUUUUCAAAAGGCACAGCAGUGAUGCAACAGGAAGCUUCUUCCCAGAUUUCAGGCUCAAUCCAAGAGCAGAUGACAUGGCUCCACCCUCCUCCUUCGUCAUGCCCCCCACCUCCAUGGACACACUGUCCACCUUGAGGGAGGUCAGCAGCAACCCUCCAUCCCCUGAAAGCUCAGUCUCAUCUGUUUUCCCCCGGCUCGUCAUCAGCCCGCCGUUGUUUGGUGAUGUCCAUCUCAAUGGGGAUUCUUGUGGCAACGUUGAAGCAGCAAAGCCCCAGAAUGGGCUGGAUCCUUCCCCCUCUGAGGAGGCACCGGGCUUGGAAACUCCAAGAGCCAACUCUUCGGUCUGUUGCUCCCCCACUCAACUGGGACCAAAGGAAUUCCGUUGGACAACACACGGUGUCCAAAAUUGUCCACCAACACGGCCACGGGGCCGCCAGUUCUCCCUCCAGUUCUCCAGGCAGAAUUCCAAAGCAUCAGUACGCAGCCUGCCAAGCCCCAAGGCCCUGGGGAGGCGGAGACGAGGCCUCGCUCGAUUCCAGUCCCGGAGAUCACCCGGUCCAACCCCUGACACUCUGCAGCUCCCAGACCCUGAGUAUGACCAUGACUUCCAGGGAAUGGCAGGAACUGAUGAUGGUGAGACAGAAGGAACCAACAACAGUGAAGAAGUAAAAAAAAAUAACUUCAAGUCGCAGAGUUCGGAAAAGGAGUGAGAACCGCUCACACGGUAACAUAAUACUGCCCAAACAGAGCCAAUCACUGAGCUGGAGUCACAACUUUGACCAAGAGGAAUGCUCUAAGUUACUUAAAUUUGUUGCUUUGAACCAACAAAUGCUUGGAAAGCUGGACAUUCCUACCAUGGAUGUUUUGAGUCUCAGUUUACUGCUCGUUUCCAGUUUUGUUACAGUAGACAAAUAAACACAAACCUUACCCAAAAAAUGGCAUAUGGAAAAAAUGCAAAAGAGACAAAAGAAUCCUAAUAUUGAAAUUUCAUGCACAAAAAAAUCCUGCUUUGGGAAAAAGAAGUGAAAAAAGAGCAAGCAGCAACCUUAGUGUGAAAGAAUGAGGCACAUGCUUGUGUCUCUUCGUGCCGUAACAUUCACUUAAUGGAACAAUAACAAGCGAAAUCAGCCCUGAGCUGAACUUGUGGAAAUAAUCUAAAUGGUGCCACCUAGUGGCCAUUGGGGGAACUGCAAGUGAACACACUUAAGAACUGACUCUGAGACUCAGCUAUGGUGAAUGCCCGUCCUGUAAAGCGCUGGUGCUCAGGAUUAGUGACUGGACUUUAAAGUUUUCUAGAACAAAAUAAUCUGUCUUGAUGUGAUGACUGUUAUAUUUGUUUUUGUAAAUGUGAGUGAAGUAAUGAACAUAGGUCACACUAUCUGUUGCUGCUGAAUCACCAAAAACUACUUUUUAAAAAAAUAAAACA